GUAUUUAAAUUAGUUGAAAACAAGAUGAGAGCAUCAUUGUUAGUUUGUGUCAUCCUGGCGACGGUGUUCUUCCUCAACGUUUCCGCCAGCAACAGCAGCUCCUCCGAGGAAGGGUUCGACUCUCCAGUUGGUUACGUCCUGACCCGCUCUAAAACUAAAUCUCGCAGAUCCCAGGCCUGUCGGCGAAAUGUCCAAAGGAAUUGCUCAUCCACCACAAAGACCUGCGCUCGCCUGGGAAGAGCGAACAUCUGCCAGGCUUUCAAGAACGACUGUCAGCGUCAACUGAGCAACUGUGGCUCCAAAAAAUUCUAUCGCAAGGUUGACGUGGCCCUCUGUCGUGGAUUGCCCAUCGAUGUCGUGCGUCCCUGCGGAAGUGGUAACAACUGAUCCCAAGCCUGGAAGCUUUAAAAUAACCUUAACAACACUGUUAACUAUUUCUUAAAACAUUACACAAAACCAAUAAUUUAAUGCUUAAACUAAAACGUUACUAAAUGUAAAACCUAAGUAGACAAUGUCAAUUGUUAUCAAUUUCAAAAUUAAAAUGUUUAUGCG